AUGUGCUCUUUCAAGAAACACGUCGCGUUCGUAAUAUUCAUACUGUGUCUGAUUGAAAAGACAUCAGGUGGCCUGUACCUUCAGCUGGUAAACAGCUUGUGUGACAUCGCGACACGUCAUUUUACGCCAUCAAACACUAUAGUUUUAUCCCACAACAUACCAGUGGACAACCUCUCUGCCUCUCGAAACAUAUUCCCAGACUAUUACACAUUUGAGAGAGUCCAAGAAAAUAGUUUUAGUGAGCUGCGUUCCGUCGUGGAUUUAUGGCAUAUGAUACUGGAGGAAUUCAACAAGAUUGAAGAAUGGACUUUACUUUCCUUCAGCGCAAACGACGGCCUAGAAGAUCAGGUGCCGUCAAACAAUAACGAUGGAUAUGUACUACUGUCUGGAUAUCAUCUGCAUAAGGAUGUAAUGAAGGAUAUAGGACACCAUUUGCAGAAAUUAAAACACAACUGGGGGUGGAACCCCAGAGCAAAAUUUGUAAUACUGGCUACAGAGAUAUCGGACACAGAUGCUAAAAUGCUUGCUACAGAUAUUUUUGCUGAACUGUGGAUGUCAAGAGUAGUGGACUCAGUUGUCUUGAUUCCAACAACAAAUAAAUACACAACAGACACUGUGAACGUAUUGGACGCGUAUAUUUGGUUUCCGUACCACCCUGCAGGUCAAUGUCCUGAUAUAAAAGAAGCUGUUCUCUGGGAUCAGUGGGUACUGAACAACGCAAGCAUUGGACGUUUUCUUCACAACGCGUCUCUUUUCCCGCAGAAAAUUCCUAGAGAUCUUCAUGGCUGUCCCCUGACGAUUUCUACUUUUGAACUAUCACCUAUGGUAAUGAGAAAGAAUACUAUUAAACCAGACACUGAAAGUAUUACGUAUGACAAAGGCCUGGAGGUACAGAUUCUAUCAGAAUUUGCGAAGAGUACGAACAGUAGCAUAAAAUACCGCGACGCCCCGCCUGAUGGCGGACAGUGGGGCUGGGACAUCGGUAACGGAACGUGGAACGGCGUGACGGGUGAAAUCGCCAGGAGCUACUCAGAUAUCGGAAUGGACUGUCUGUGGUACAGGUGCCACUUAGUCAAAGAAAUCGAGUGCCUGAGACCUCAUCUUAUCGACAAGGUCAGAUGGUACGUCCCAUGUGCCGUGCCAUAUCCUAGAUGGAUGAGCCUCACCAGGGUCUUCAAACUAUCACUUUGGCUGAGUUUCCUUGGAGCUUACGUAGCUAUUUCAGUCAUAAUGUGGCAGGUAGUGAAGAUAAACAGUUAUUUUUCCACCGAGGCAGCUCUGAACCAGGCUUAUACCAGCUUACCCAAGUGUCUACUUAAUUUCUGGGCUAUUAUCCUUGAAGAGUCUGCUUCCAACAACCCUCCUGACGUGGUACUGAUAAGAGCCGUAUUCUUUGCGUGGGUGUUGUACUGUUGGGCUAUCAACACCGUGUACCAGACAUACUUUACAAGCUUCUUAAUAGAUCCAGGACUUCAACGCCAGUUAGGUUCAGAAGAUGAAAUCCUCGCUUCUGGAAUCGAUUACAAUACUGAAACAAGCAUUAUAUCUCUAUACGGUGAACUCGCCGGAACGCGAUAUAAACACAUGAAUGGUACUGAUUACAUUGACACAGCCGAAGAAAGAGUCUCGAAAGGUACGCUGGCAUUUCUGUUCUCCAAGUAUCUCGUGGAUUAUAAAAUAGCUGUCAAAUAUAUGGAUGCCAACGGCAAGCCAAUAAUUUGUGAGAUCGAAGAAGAUUUUGCUUUCAAUUUUAUAACGAUCUUUGUUCCGAAAGGUUCCCCGUUUAAGACUCGGUAUGACGAAGUCUUACUUUCCAUGAUGCAAGCUGGGUUAGUAGAUUUAUGGUGGAACAGUAUAAAGUACACCGCCAAUCUUGAACAGGCAUCAGAUUUCAAUCUGCCUCCAGGAGAAUACAUUUCCCUGACAAUGGAGCAUUUGCAAUCUGCAUUCUAUUUCCUGUUCAUGGGAUACAUUAUAUCGGUUGUGUGUUUUUUAUUAGAGUUAAGUCAAUUCUGUAACCACCGAAACCACAAAAAGAAAUAA